AAAUUGGGCAAAGAGCCUACACCUUCUCUACCACUUGCUUUCCUCAUGGAUCUCCCAAGCGAAAAGCCCCUCAAAAUCCACCUAGUCAAUUCAACUGAGUCUCCCGAGUUCACUCACCUGACUCAGUCCCUGACUCGCUCCUCAAUCAUUGGUCUGGACGCCGAGUGGAAGCCAAUUCGAGGCCAAACCCACCAGCCCACUUUCCCAACUGUGUCACUCCUCCAACUCGCCUGUCAACUCGGUCAUGACUCGGACGAGUCAGAAACUUUCCUGCUUGACCUGCACUCAGUCCCUUUACCUUCAAUAUGGGAAUUGUUGAGAGAGACUUUUGUCUCUCCUGAUAUUCUGAAAUUGGGUUUUAAAUUUAAGCAGGAUUUGGUGUACUUGUCCUCAACAUUUUGCUUACAAGGAUGCGAUCCUGGUUUUGAUAAGGUGGAGCCGUAUCUGGACAUCACUAGCAUAUACUAUCAGAUGCAACAUAAGCAACAGGGAAGGAAGGGACCGAAGGAAACCAAGAGUUUAGCAACUAUCUGCAAAGAAGUACUGGGAAUUUCUCUUUCAAAGGAACUUCAAUGUAGUGAUUGGUCACAUCGUCCUCUUACAGAAGAGCAAAAAACAUACGCAGCUGCUGAUGCACACUGCUUGCUCAAAAUAUUUAAUGUCUUCCAGGACAACAUUGUCAAAAAAGGCAAUUCUUCUAACGACAUGGUGGAACUGCAUUCUUCUGGUGUAAAUCUUGGGUUGAAAGAAAUUCUUGAGAAGCAUGAUAUUGAUGAUAAAAUUAUUAGGAUCAAAUAUUUUGAAGCUUCCCAUAUCUUCCAAGCUACUGUUUCUUCAGAAAACUGCCAAAGAAUAGCUGAGGUGGAUGUGGCAGUUUCCAGGACAUCAUCCAGAAAUACCAUGCCUAUGAAUGAAUCUCUCCUGAAGAUAGUGAGAAAAUAUGGUGAGAAAAUUCUGUUGAGAGAAUCUGACAGAAAACCAAAAGCUGCCAGAAAGAAAGCGAAAAAACACCCUUCACUGGUUGCAGUUACCAGAGAAAAGCAGUUGGACAAUACUGGUGACUGGCAAGGCCCUCCACCAUGGGACUUGUCCUUAGGUGGUGAUGGAUGCCCUAAGUUCCUAUGUGACGUGAUGAUUGAAGGCUUGGCAAAACAUUUACGAUGUGUGGGUGUGGAUGCAGCAAUCCCAAGUUCAAAAAAACCAGAAUCCAGGGAGUUAUUGGAUCAAGCAUACAGGGAACAGAGAGUGCUUUUGACACGAGAUGCUAAGCUAUUGAGACACCAAUAUUUGAUAAAGAAUCAAAUCUACAGGGUGAAGAAUCUUCUUAAAAAUGAACAACUACUUGAGGUAAUUGAAACUUUCCAAUUACAAAUUAAUGAGGAUCAGCUGAUGUCAAGGUGCACGAAAUGCAAUGGGAGGUUCAUUCAAAAGCCACUGACAACAGAAGAGGCAGUUGAAGCUGCAAAGGGUUUCCAAAGAAUUCCCGAUUGCUUGUUUAACAAAAAUUUAGAGUUCUGGCAGUGCAUGGAAUGCAAUCAACUUUACUGGGAGGGAACACAAUACCACAAUGCAGUUCAGAAGUUCAUCGAUGUCUGCAAGUUGAAUGAGUAACUUGAAAUUAUCAUUAAUUUUCACCAAUUUUUGUGCAAGUUCAUGAGUAAAUUAUCUUGUUUUGCUCGUAUCUUGUCAUUCAAGUACGGAAUUUCCCUGAUCUUAUAUGUAUUUGAAAAGCAAUCGUGACUAGAAGAUAAAGGUUUUCCAACA